GUGUGGUGCGUGUUGAAGUUUACCUUGGAAAUGUCUUUCUUCAAUGCUACUGGUGACUCAUUGAGUGGUUGAAUGGCAGCUCCAGCUUUAUAACGGCUGACAAUUCCACAUUCUGAGAUAGAACUUAGAUGCCAUUCUCACUUACACCAACAUACCUUAACAACUGCUUUGGAUACGCAGGAGGAAAAAAUAAUCAUUUCUAGUCAUGAAGGCCGUCUUUUCACUGCUCAUCGGUUUCAUUAUUGUCAGCGAUGGAUUUGCUGCGGUUAUUACUGGGGCUUGUGACAGGGACCCUCAAUGUGGAGGGGGGAUGUGCUGUGCAGUGAGUCUGUGGAUAAAGAGUCUACGAAUGUGUGCACCCAUGGGCACUGAGGGAGACUAUUGUCAUCCUCAGAGCCACAAAGUUCCAUACUUUGGCAAGAGGCUACACCACACGUGUCCCUGUAUCCCAAAUUUGGCAUGCAUAAGGACUACAGACGGGAGAUACAAAUGUUUGCCACAGUUUAAAAACCAAGAUAUUUUUUUUUAGUAGAAACUCCUUUUUAAUAUAAAUCGUUAUUUUUAACAUUGUGCAUCAAAUUAGUUCAUAGCAAUACAUUUCAAUCAGCACUAUUUAUAUAUUAUUUAUAUCUAUUUAUUUAUUUAUUAUAAUUAUUAUUUACAAAUGACCUGUCAUUUUCUCAGAUGUUCAGAUAGAUUUUUUUUUUAAUUCUUCAUAUAGGUGAUUCAAUAAAAUAUAACAGAUGUGUUCAUAAAUGUGUAACUUUUUCCAUGCCUGAGUGUCUCCAAAUAUCAAAGAAGAAUACCUGCUUUUUAUACAUUUUAUUUUCUUAUUCUUUAUUCUAAUAAAAAACUGUCUGCACUUGAAUACAAGUGAAAAAGCCUGACCAAUCAGCUGAGCUCUUCAGCUACCAGUUCCUUCUGUUGGAAUCAAAGUUUUCUGCAAUUUAUGAGAAACAUUUUAGACAUAAGUUUACAAAUUAGCACAAAUGAGAAAAUUGGUCAGCUAAACGCAUCACAUAGAGAAAAAAAAAUACAACAAUACAUGAGAAUAUUGUAAAUUAAAAUACAUGUUUUUAUGCAAAAAUAAGCUUAUACUAUAACUUGCUAUUUUGCACCUUUCUGUCAUUUAUGUUGAUGCUGUUGUGGUAACAUUCUGUAUCUGAAUAACAGCAAUCGUGCGUUUCAUUGCAAUUCCUCAUGAAUUUGAUGUCAUUUAUUUAUUAAGAACUAUGCUAAAGCUGUACACUGAAUAAGCUCGAACAAUGAAUAUCUUGCAGUGUAGUUUCACAAUCCACUUUGAACAUAUUUCUGCUGCAUACAAAAUGCACUAGUGUGCUCUUUUAGAUACAGAAUAUUCCCAUUUAUAUAUGUUUUCUCUCCUUUGAUUAAGCUCCCUUUUUAUGUUCCACUAAUGCUUGUGCAAAAUUAUAAAUCUUAUCAGUUUGUGCCAAAAAUACAGAUUUUAUUUUUUUGUCAAAUGUAUUUGAACAAUAUACUGUA